CGUCAAUCGGCUGUGAAAAUCGGACUGGUGUGCGGCGGCUUUACAGGCUGCCCCGCUAUAACUCACUGCUUAGCCACUGACGAGCCUGCGUGUAUUUGUGUAUUUCGCAGGGCCGUCAACUUGCUGCUUUGGCAGGCGGGAGCGAUCCCGAAUCUAGGCGACGACUUCAUCAACGUCUAUCAGACGGCGAGGGAGAAGCACAUUCAUUCGCUCGAAGUGCUGAUAACGCGAGAGGAUGAGUUCAGCAACCAGCUGAGCAACAGGGCGACGUUUCGUGGCUGCACGGCGCUGCACUACGCCUGUCUAGCAGACGCCCCGGACGUCGUCAAGCUGCUGCUCAACGCAGGCGCGGAUCCAUCGACGGAGAACGAGAAUGGCCACCGGCCGAUCGACUACACACGCAAUGCAGAGACGCGCACUCUCCUGCAGAACUAUAGCAAGAAGUUUGAGGAGAGGAGGCGAGAGAAGGAGGUGGAGGAGAGGAGGAGGUUUCCGCUGGAGCAGCGACUGAAGGAGCGAAUCGUCGGACAGGAAGGAGCCAUCCAGGUCGUCGCGUCCGCGAUUCGCAGAAAGGAAGGAGGAUGGAUGGACGACGACCACCCGCUGGUCUUUCUCUUCCUUGGCUCUUCUGGGAUAGGUAAGACGGAGUUGGCCAAGCAGGUGGCAAACUACCUGCACAAGGACGAUAAGAAGGCGUUCAUACGGCUGGACAUGUCUGAGUACCAGGAGAAACACGAGGUAGACUGUUGGUUGACCGCAGGUUCUUAUUUGUUUCAUAUCGAUAUCGUUUUUCACUCCGUUUCAGAACACGUCAACGAAAACAUCGUCGUGUCGAAGCCGUUUAAGGAGGACGUGGUGCAGCCUAUCCUCAAGAGGCAUUUCCGGCGCGACGAGUUUCUCGGCCGCAUCAACGAGAUGGUCUACUUCCUGCCGUUCUCUGUCUCCGAGCUGAGAUGCCUCGUCGCCAGGGAACUCGAGUUCUGGGCGGCGAAGGGACGGCUGACGGACGGACAGGGAAGCACGGUCGCGUGCAAGGAUGCUCUCUUCAUCAUGACGUCGAACCUCGCAAGCGACGAGAUCGCCCAGCACGCGCUCGCGCUGCGCCGCGAGGCCGAGCGCAUCGCCCGCGAGAGGGCGCUACCGUCGCUAG